CACGAGAAUUUGGUGCCCGUUCAUGAGGUGACAAAAGCCAUGAGCCAGCAAGCACACUUGCUUGAGGUGAGCAUUUGAGCGUUGGUCCAGAAGUUUCACCCAACCACGUAUAAAGGAUGUGGUUCCUUACUCGAACCUGGAUCAGUCAAACACGAUUGCUCACACAUUCAACCCAACUCCCAAGAGAAGAUACCGAUUUCAAACGUCGAUUCUCUGCAACAACGCGUGAAACAUUGGUCAUGGUCAACAUCUCCACCCAACUGGUUCGAGCUCUGACCAGUGUUCUCUUACUUGCAAUAUCCUUUCAGGGCAUCACUUGUUUUCCCUCGUCCCUGGAGACCGAUCUUCUGAUGGGCCAGCCGGAAAUGACGAAACGUGUCAUGCUUCCGGUGUCCAAAUUCGCCUUCCUCCCGGACAAGCUCCAAUUGGACCUGGGCCAAGAGGGCGGAGCCGGACCAGAUGGAUCUUCAGCCAACCAACCCAAACGGGGGCGCGACAAUAAACGACACCAAUUGAACUCCCCUAAUCGGCGCCCGUACAGCCUCUAUGAUUAUGUCUACGGUCGCCAAAGUCUCCCUCCACAAGGCAUUCGGCUGCUCUUUCCCGAUGUGUUUCAUUAGAAAAUCGGAGCGAACGGUACCCGGGGCAUUGUCUUCGUGCAAUGGAUACUUAUCAUUUUUAUGAUUAUUGAUGUUAUUAUACAUUUAUGCCUACACCCAUAUGUAAGUGUGUACUACUAUUUGAGCCCUGCAGCAGAUAUUGAAGAACCAAGCCAAUAAUGCAAGAGGAGGCAUCUGGAUUGGUCGCCAGAAUUGAAUUGAGCAUCGUUCAUGUCUGGUCUCUACGAAAUAAAGCCUGUCAUGAACGCG